UCAACACGUGAACAGAAUAUUGAUUGAUGGGAAGGAGAUUUCUUGAGAAGCCACCCUUUUGAUAUCGUCAUAUCUCCAUACCAAUUAUUGUUCAAUUACUAUUAAUGAAAAAAAAGAUCAUUUAUUAUGUGGAUCCCGUAUCGCGUUAUUUGCUAAUAAAAAAAUGGAAGAAAUAAACACAUGAAUUUGGAAACUUCCCUCUAUAUAAGUAACGAAACUCUAAACACUGAAAACUCAACAGCACUACUUUUCAAUCUCUCAAAUGCUUCGUUCUCUUUAAUUUGUCAAGCUUGAAUUGGUAAGAAGAAGUAACAAUGUCGUCGAUCAUGACUAUGGAUGCGUGGUUAGCCGAGUUGGAAAUGGAAAUGGAUACAAUUCCUAGUUUAAUCAACCACCCUAGUCACCAAAGUGGUACAAUGGAAGCAGCUUUCGACGAACAGCUCGUAGCUACACUUGCCGACGAUUUCCCUUAUAAUCUAUAUGAUACGAGCGAAGCAACCUCUCCUCAAGGAGAUUUCGAGUGUAACAAUGUCAUUGAACAAUUUAUAUCAACUCCUCCUAUUUCCGAAACUAGUGAAAACAACACCGAUAACAAUAACAAUAAUGACAAAAAUGAUAGCGAUAAUAUUGUAAGCUCCGAUGUUCAAGAGAGCCAACCGUCCAAAACUAAGGAAGAGACGAAGAAGAAGCAAGGAGUGAGUAGGGCUGGUGCAAAGAGGAAACGACAGCCAAGUCAAGUGCAAGAUCACAUUCUCGCCGAGAGGAAACGUCGUGAAUUACUUAGCCAGUUGUUCAUUUCGCUCUCUGCGAUUGUUCCCGGCCUCAAGAAGGUAGACAAAACAUCGGUCUUAGGAGAGGCAAUCAAACAUAUGAAGGAGCUUCAAGAGAAAGUAAAGGUACUUGAAAGUGUGAUAGCAAAGCGUACCAUGGAGUCCGUCGUCGCAGUUGUCAAAAAAUCAAAAUUGAUAAUCGACAAUGGCAGUAGUGAUGAUAACGUUUCUUCAUCGACUGUGGAUGACCAUUGUGGAAGUGGCAGCAACGAUGAUGGUGAUAGUAGUGGUGAUUCACUUCCGGAAGUUGAAGUAAAGAUAUUGGGGAAGUCCCUUCUCUUAAGAGUGUACUGUGGACAACAAAAGGAUAUUUUGGUAAAAUUAUUCGCAGAGAUAGACAAGCAUCAUUUGAGCAUUACUAAUUUUAGUGUGAUACCAUUUGAGAAUCUAGCCCAAGACAUCACCAUUGUUGCACAGAUGGAAAGGGGCUUCAACAAGAAUGUAAAAGAUUUUGUUAGAACUCUACACAACGCCCUUCAUUUAGCUAGCUACCACCGUUUUGAUUUUAACGAAAAUGAAUAUUCCUCAUAGUUCAGUUUGUACUCGUUCUUUGGAUUUUCAAUCUAGAUUAAAGUUAGGGAAUAAUUUUUGGUUUUUCUUUCCUUUUAUCAUAUUACCUUUAAUGAUGAAUAAUAGGAAUCAUAUGCAGGACCACAUGCGACUGCAUACAAUAAGUUAUAUUAAACAUUUCUAUUUUUGGCAAGUCCAUAUAUGUUAAAUUAUA